UGUAACCGACAGGUACAUACAGGUUCAGCUGGUCAUGUGAUCAACGGUAUUUAAUCACCAAAGAACGGGGCUGUUAUACGGUGUAUAUACCGACAUAUAGGUAAUAUAAUACGUAUACACAAAGGAGUUUUCACACAUAUAUAGUGACCAGAAUGACAGGGUGAUGGUCAGUGUAAUAUUGACACUCAUGUAGGCAAUAUGUAUCCGCUGUACGUGCUGUGUACCGUACUUCUGGUUUUUAGUGGUGGACACACAGUUACCGGGUUCUCAGGUUGUACUGACACGGACGGCCCGGCUGUGGCCUUUAAACAUAACGAGACGUGGAAUAAAAGCACGGACAACUGUCAGACGUGUAUCUGUAACGACGGCACCAUCACGUGUAGCAGGCUGCGCUGCCCCUCGGCCAGAGAACUGACGUGUGCUGAACCGAAGUUAAAGAAUGCCCUGGCCUGUUGCAAAACAUGCGAUGACCACGGUACCAGGGACAAAGAAAAGAACCUAAAAAAGGUCUGUUUCAAAGACAUACGAAAGGACCAUAGGAGGAAACACAAGAAGAUGAGAGGCCGACGACGUGGUCGGUCCAAACGAGACUUGUAUCAAGAUGCAAUUGCUCAUAAACAUCGCCAUCACCAUAGUGAUUCGGAUGUCGCCGCCAUGCCUGCUGUAUUGAGAAACCGCCCUGUGUACAAUAGGACCCGGAUUCCCCGGUUUUUACGUCACAUGUGUGUCCCUAAAAGGGCAGAUCACCUGGUUUAUAGGCACAUAGAGGGCAAGGAGCUAUUUGUGGCCUUCGACAACGCAAAGAAAGACGAAGUGGAGUUAUGGAAAUGGCAGAUUGGAAAGACUGCAUGUGAAAGUCUGAGCAAUCCGGAGACCCAUGAUCGCUGUCGAGAUGGAUCCCAGGACAUCCAUCUAAACAUGUCCACAUUCCGCAUCUUAAUCUACAAAGACACCAAGGUGUUCCGGAAGCAAAUGACAAAGAGCAUGGUACUUGGGGCAGCCUCUAAAAAUCAAGUGGACAACUUCAAAAACAAAUUAUUGAAAACGAUGGAUUGUGGAGGAAAGAAGCGGAAGUGCAUGAAGGAAGGGCUCAGCCCGGAACUGUGCCAGAAAAAGGAGUGCACACACCGUGUCGUCAUGAUAAUGCGAGCCUUCUACAAGGACAUCCGGUUAUUUUCUGUCAAUUUCGAUUGUGCAAAAUGUAACAGAGCAAAUCCUCAAAGAACUCCAAUAAAUUCUCCAAGUAUUCGAUGAACAUUCGAUGAUGAACAUUUGAUGAACAUUUGAUGAACAUUUGAUGAUGAACAUUUGAUGAACAUUUGACGAACAUUUGAUAAACAUUUGAUAAACAUUUGAUGAACAUUUGAUGAACAUUUGAUGAUGACCAUUUGAUGAACAUUUGAUGAACAUUCGAUGAUGAACAUUUGAUGAACAUUUGAUUAUGAACAUUUGAUGAUGAACAUUUGAUGAUGAACAUUUGAUGAACAUUUGAUGAACAUUUGACGGUCUAAAGAAGUGCCAUCUAUAUACCCAAAGUUUCUCAAUGUGUGGACAGACAGGGAAAUAUAUUUCUUUAUUAUGAAAUUAAGAAUAUCAAACAUUACAACCUCUUGUUAUUUUUUUUGCGUUAAGUUUACAGUGAUACAGACAACCAGGGAAUCACGUGAUAUGUCACAGUAAAGUAGCAUGUUCCCUUAAUGUGAUGUUUAUAGUGAUACAGACGACCGGGGAAUCACGUGAUAUCUCACAGUAAAGUAGCAUUUUCCCCUAAUGUGAUGUUUAUAGUGAUACAGACGACCGGGGAAUCACGUGAUAUCUCACAGUAAAGUAGCAUUUUCCCCUAAUGUGAUGUUUAUAGUGAUACAGACGAACAGGGAAUCACGUGAUAUGUCACAGUAAAGUGUAGCAUGUUCCCUUGAUGUAAUGUUUAGUGAUACAGACGACCAGGGAAUCGCGUGAUAUGUCACAGUAAAGUGUAGCAUGUUCCCUUAAUGUGAUGUUUAUAGUGAUACAGACGACCAGGGAAUCACGUGAUAUGUCACAGUAAAGUGUAGCAUGUUCCCUUGAUGUAAUGUUUAGUGAUACAGACGACCAGGGAAUCGCGGGAUAUGUCACAGUAAAGUGUAGCAUGUUCCCUUGAUGUAAUUUUUAGUGAUACAGACGACCAGGGAAUCGCGUGAUACGUCACAGUAAAGUGUAGCAUGUUCCCUUAAUGUAAUGUUUAUAGUGAUACAGACGACCAGGGAAUCAUGCGAUAUGUCACAGUAAAGUAGCAUGUUCCCUUAAUGUAAUGUUUAUAGUGAUACAGACGACCAGGGAAUCAUGCGAUAUGUCACAGUAAAGUAGCAUGUUCCCUUAAUGUGAUGUUUAUAGUGAUACAGACGAUCAUGGAAGCAGCAACUUAAAUCCUUAUUGACAUCAAUUUCAACAAUUUGUAUUUGCCGUGAUAUUUGUAUAAUUUAGACAUUUAGAUAUAAAGUAGAGUAUGUUUCAUCUCUCGAUGGUGUAUGGGAACUUUUAUGAAUUUUUUUGUUUUGUUCAAGGUCAUGACUUUGAUUUACUCUACGAAAAGGAGUCUUUUCAAUACUAACCUUUUUCAUGUUUUUCUUUGAUGGAAUAAAAAAACGACCUUUUGGAAUAGAGAAAAUAACAUAAUAACCAAUAUGUUCAUUUAUUUGAAAGUCUCUUGGAAUCUGAGAUUUGAACUCUUAUCCUUUGUGAACGUUUUAGCUGUAAGUGAAAGUAAAUAUUAGCAUAUAUGUGUGUAAAGCGUCAUUCAAAAGUGUAAAAUGUUAUCACUAUGACCUAAUCACUCCGGAUCCUGAGUAAUAAAAACCUGUAUCUGUUUGAUGUAUAUAAAGUCAAAUACAGGAAUUUAACAAUAUUAACUUACUAUCAUUUUAAAUCACCUAUUGUUUGCUGUUUUUUGUGAUAAUGUAAAGGUGAUAUGUAGAGUAUUGGCUAGGUUUAUGCAUAUGAUUUUUUGUCUUUUGAUGAUAUUUAAUAAUCAUCAAAUGAAUGAGAUAUACAUUUUUUUUUUAUGUUUUCCUUUUUCAAUUGUCUUGAUUUGAUCAAUUAAUUUGUUACCAUUAUUACAUUGAAAUAAACACCAUCCCAGAGUU